AUUUUUCCAUGCUUCAAAAUAAGUAACCAAAAAUGAAUUUAAUUUGAAGGGAGACUAGAAGGCCACAUCAUUCUGCCAGGAGAUUUUCUUUUUUUGAAGGUGAGAUUUGGAGAGAUUUGAUGAUUUUCCUUAUUGGUUACAUAAAGAGGAGCAAUAUGGGGCAUAUAAUCAAGCACCCAAGUAACAUGGGGUAAAUUAUCAAAUCUUCCCAUAUAAAGAGCGACUCCUGCCGUCUCUUCGGUUUCACUCAAUCUCUCUGGUACAGAAGAGAGAUUUUAGAGAACCAAACCAAAACCAGGGAGACAAACACAAGGCCGAUAAAUAGAUAGAGAAGUCCAGCUGUGUAGCUCUGUUCUUCAACCUCUGUCUCUCUAGCCGGGGAAAUCCAAGCUUAAUUGCGUGCGUGGCCGCCGGCAAUGGAGAAGAAGAUGUUUCUUGGCCGCGCAUGGCUGCUCCUGGCCAUGGCGGCGGCGGCGUGGCUUGUGGUCCAGGAGGCGGAGGGCGGCGGGCGGCUGCUGGACGCGGGGAAGCUGGAGAAGUUCGUGGACGAGCUGCCGGACAUGCCGGUGCUGCGCGGCUACGGCGUGGCGGACGGCGGGCGGCUCGUCGCCGGCGAGCUCAACGUCGGCAUGUACGACACCACCUGGAAAUUCCACCGCGACCUUCCGCCGACGAGGGUCUUCGCCUACGGCACCAGCAAGGAGACCGCCACCGUGCCGGGCCCGACGAUCAUCGCCGCACGUGGCGUCCCGACACGCGUGACGUGGACCAACCACCUCCCGCGGCAUCACUUCCUCCCGUGGGACCGUUCGCUCUCCACGGCCCAGCCCCACGCCGGCGUCCCCACCGUGGUCCAUCUCCACGGUGGGGUCCAGCAGUCGACCUCCGACGGCCACGGGAUGGCCUGGUUCACCUCAAACUUCUCCUCCACCGGCCCAACAUUCUCCUCCCGUGGGCCGUACCACUACCCGAACCGGCAGCCCCCGGGGAACCUCUGGUACCACGACCACGCCAUGGGCCUCACCCGGGUCAACAUCCUGGCAGGCCUAAUGGGCUCCUACCGCGUCACAGACCCGACCACUGAAGCCCAUCUCAACCUCCCUUCCGGCCCGGCCCACGACAGGAACCUCGUCCUCUUCGACCGCGACUUCACCAGCGCCGGCGAGCUCUUCAUGAACGCCACGGGGAACAACCCCGGGGUGCACCCGCAGUGGCAGCCGGAGUACUUCGGCGCCGUCGUCGUCGUCAACGGAAAGGCCUGGCCGUUCCUCCGCGUGGCCCGGCGGCGGUACAGGUUCCGGAUCCUCAACGCCAGCAACGCCAGGUUCUUCCGCCUCUCCCUCUCCGGCGGCCUCCGCUUUGUCCACCUCGGGUCCGACUCCGUGUACCUGGCGAAGCCGGUGUCCAGCCGGGAGUUCGUGCUCGCGCCGUCGGAGAUCGCCGACGUCGUGGUCGAUUUCGCCAAGGCCUCCGGAUCUUCCGGCCAUGUGGUUCUCCGGUCCGACGCGCCGGCCCCCUACCCCGGGGACCCCGGCGAGAAGCCGGAGACAGUUUCCGUGAUGAAAUUCGUCCUCCCCAAGAGAAGCCCCUCCUCAUCGCCGGAGCUGGAGAAGAAGGAGAUGGAGAUGGACAAGUCAGCGAUCCCGGCGGCGCUGAUGGAGAAGAACCCGAAGCCAGAUCCGCGGGAGGCGGUGCGGACGCGGCGGAUCGCGAUGUACGAGUACACGAAGAACGGCACCGACGAGCCGACGCACCUGUACCUCAACGGCGUGUCCUACACGGACCCCGUGACGGAGACGCCGAGGGAGGGGACGUCGGAGCUGUGGGAGGUGAUCAACCUGACGGACGACAACCACCCGCUGCACGUGCACCUGGCUCUCUUCGCGGCGCUGGACCAGCGCUCGCUCCGCCGCGCCGGUGAGUUCAGGGACUGCAUGCGUGGGAACGCCGCCGACGGCGCCGGCGGGCGGAACGACGUGGUCAAGUGUCGCAUGGGAAGGCACCUCGCCGGCGGGAGGCGGCACAAGGUGCCGAGGCAGGAGCGCGGGUGGAAGAACGUGUUCAAGGUUAGGCCGGGAUCUGUGACGCGGCUGCUCGUCAGGUUUAAGCCGCUGGAGGAAGAGAAGGAUGGGGAUCAGAUGACUCAAGGCGGCGGCGGACGAUUCCCGUUUGAUGUCACCGCCGGCCCCGGCUACGUCUACCACUGCCAUAUUUUGGACCACGAAGACAACGAGAUGAUGAGGCCCAUGAAGAUUGUGCGCUAGAUGGCUGGCCAUGAAGCUCGAUCGAAGACUCGAUGUUGCAAAUCCACGAAGACCAUCUUUUAUUAUAGUGAUAGCUUGUUGAUUGUUGAGAACAAAUAAAAUGUGCGAAAAUCGACAUGCUUGGCAAAUCAAAUCAGGUGGUUUAUUGGUAUACGUGUUAAUUGUGAGAUCAGAAUCGACAUGCUUGACGAA